ACUCAUCACAAUAUGCUUUUUGGAUCAGUUUUCUCUCUCUGGUCCAUGCCCUUUCCUCUUAUAAUUCUCUCACUAGGGUUUCAAGUUUCAACUUGAAUAAGUAUCCAACUUUCUCUUGUUUUUCACAAAUUUGGUUGCACUUGGGUACUGCUCCAGAAAAGAAGCACCAUCAGGCAACCCCAACAAGAGGAGAAGGAAAGGAAGAAAAAAGUGAGGGAAGAAACAGAUAGAUAUUGGAUAGAAAUAGAAACAAUAUAUAAAUAUAAGUGACAAAAAAGAAAAGGGGCGAUUUUUAAUUUUAAUUUGUUAUGGGGAGGGGAAGAGUUGAGUUGAAGAGGAUAGAGAACAAGAUAAACAGGCAAGUCACAUUUGCAAAGAGAAGAAAUGGUCUUCUCAAGAAAGCUUAUGAGUUAUCUGUUCUUUGUGAUGCUGAGGUUGCCCUCAUCAUCUUCUCCAACAGAGGAAAACUCUAUGAGUUUUGUAGCAGCUCUAGCAUGCUCAAAACACUCGAGAGGUAUCAGAAGUGCAGUUAUGGUGCUGUGGAAGUUAGCAAGCCUGCCAAAGAACUUGAGAAUAGCUAUCGUGAGUACUUGAAGCUGAAAGCAAGAUUUGAAUCUCUUCAAAGGACUCAAAGAAAUCUUCUAGGGGAAGAUUUGGGCCCAUUGGGUACCAAAGAUCUUGAGCAACUUGAAAGGCAAUUGGAUUCUUCUCUGAAGCAAGUGAGAUCCACAAAGACACAAUUUAUGCUGGAUCAAUUAACUGAUCUUCAAAAUAAGGAGCAGAUCUUGGUAGAUGUCAACAGAACCUUGAGCAUGAAGCUGGAUGAAAUCAAUUCAAGGAAUCAAUAUAGGCAGCAAUCAUGGGAAGCUGGUGAUCAAAGUAUGCAUCAAUAUACUGCUCCACAUAAUGCUCACUCUUCUCAAGGCUUCUUCCAGCCUCUGGAAUGCAACCCCACUUUGCAGAUUGGCAGUGACUAUAGGUACAAUGGGGUAGGGUCAGAUCAGAUAACUGCUACAACAACAACUCAAGCUCAACAAGUGAGUGGUUUCAUCCCUGGAUGGAUGCUUUGAGCUCAUCACUAUAUUCACCUUUUGCAACAUUAAAAAGGAAAAGCCAAAAGAAAAAAACACCUCACAAAAAAAGGAGGGUGGAAAAUUAAAGCCAAAUGCUUCUUUAUUUGGUCAUGGCAAUGUGUAAAUGUUGAUUGUACUUUUUCUUUCUAGUGUUAUUUUGAUUUUGCUACUAUAAAACAGACAGUUAUGACUUACUUCAUCAAACUAUUGAACAAUAGCCAUAGACUCCUAAUAUGGCAUAUUCUAAGAUUUUUAAUUAUAAUAUUUGAGUAUCUUUGAAGC